GGAAACUUCCAAAUUAUUCUGCACGCUCUUCUUUAGCUUUGCUUAAAGUCGCACGCUUUGGAUCCCAUAAUUCUUCGCCGUCGUCGUUUUCCCCGACGAAUGCAAUCCGCAGCCAACUAUGGGGGAUGAUAAUUUGAUGCUGAAGAUCAGGAUGCUGCUUCUGGCCUGGUUUCACUUCCGAUUGUACCACGAGAAAGGCCUUCCACUCAUUGUGAAACGCUUCUCGUACAAAGAUAUAAAGAAAGCUACUGAUGGAUUUAAAAGAAUUAUUAACAACUCUUCUCAGGGGACUUCGUACAAGGCCAAGUUUCAAAAUGGCAGUGUUGCUACUGUAAAAGAAGUCAAACUUCCCGAUGAAGAUGAUGAUUCCUUCAUUCGAGAAGUUCAACUUUUGGGACGCCUGCAUCAUCGUCAUAUUCUUGCAGUUUGUGGAUAUUCUACUGGAUCUAAGAGGUUUCUAGUGUUUGAGAACAUGGAAAACGGAAGCCUAAAGGAGCAUUUAUCCGAUCCUUUGAGGACUCCCUUGAACUGGAGAACGAGGUUGCAGAUAGCAAUCGGCAUAGCUGCUGCUGUGGAAUAUUUGCAUUUUUUCUGUGACCCACCCAUCCAUCAAGUCUCUUUAAGCUCAAGCUCCAUACUGCUGGACGAAAAUUUAAUCCCGAAGAUUUCAGACAUUAGCUUGUUUAAUGCUUCUGGCAAUCAAAUUACAUCAUUGCCAACCUCGUCUCAUUGUUCCAAAGAGUGCGCGGUGGAGGGCUGCAAGAACAUCAUAUUCCAACUUGGUUUGGUGAUCCUGGAGCUGAUUACUGGUCAAUCGGCAGAGAAAGGAGGUGUUGAUUUGGUUCAAUGGGUUCAAGAAUCUCGAUUUCCAGGAUCCAUACACAAGAUGAUCGAUCCGGAUCUUGGAAAUAGCUAUGAUCAGAGGGAGUUGAAGGGCCUUCUUAGUGUUGCAAGAUUGUGCAUAAGAUGUGUAGAUAGGCAGAGCAUAUGCACCCCUCAAAUUUUAUGGUAUUUGCAGAAAAAGAUAGGGAUCACUCGAAGAUCAAGACCUAGUUAGUCCCAUAUCGAUACCCCUGUUGUGUGUACAGAAAAGUUCGAGAGAUUUAAUAAUGUGGCAAUGGUGAAAUGGAGAGGGAGGGAUUUGUUCCACUUUUUAUUCAGAUGGAUUGCAGGUAACUUUCAGUUCUUUUUGCAGUAUAAAAUAAGAAAUUUAAAUAUUGCAGAUUGGUUUGUCAUGAAAUUUAUUAUGAAGGUAAAUUGGUAAUAAUUUGAAGUUAUGAAAAGGGCUAUACUAUCUGGUGAUGAGAGUAGAUCAAAUCCAGAACUAUAAAAAUUCAAGUUAAAAGUUAAUUAUCUUAAUAUGUAUUAUUAAAUAAUAUUAUUAUAUGUAUUUAACUUGUAUACAUCAGCAUGGGUGCUGAGUUAUUAAGUUCAGCACCAGCAUGGGCUAUAGGGGUUUUGUAUUGAGAUCAACAAUAAUCAAUGCUCAAUUAUUUGAU